AUGAGCAACAACAACAACAUGUCCUCUGGGAUCAAGGACAUGAUUCAUAUGAUGACCGAAGGUGGAGGAGACACCAAUGACGACCAGACGAUGCAACAGCUGUUUGACUAUGCCGACAAGCUAGAGCAGGACCUGAAACUGGCAAAGAAGACACAAGAGCAGAUGAAGGUACAAAACGAACAUCAGAUUGAUAUCACACUUUCUUUGGAGAAGGAACUUGCUGUUCUGCGCUCAAAGUACUAUGAGCUUGAGCGAACCACAACCCUCCUCAAGAGCCACGCCUCAGAGUCCAAACUGAGCAUCGACGAGGCUCAGAAGGAGUUUGAUAAGAAGUUAACAAAGAAGAACAAGGAGCUUGAUGACCUAAUUGCCAACAUUAGCUACAUAACUAAAUCGGAGGAGGAGCUAAAGAAGAGAUACGAUGAGUUGAAGGAGAAGAACAACAACGAUGAGAAAAACUAUCAGCUCAAGAUCAAAGCAAUGGAGAAAGAGCGAUCUCAAUACAGGAGUGAUGUUGCCGACCUCAAACAUAAGAACACCAAAAUGGACACCGACGUUGACCUACGCUCCAAGGACAUCCAAAUCAGAUCGUUGUCUGAGCAAAAUACAUCUUUGACCAGAGAGGUAACCGAACUAAAGAUCAGGCUAGAGUCUACUGUUAAUGCUCUUACAUCAUCUCAGAGAGAGAUUGAGAUGACCAAGAUUUCCUUUGGUGUGGUGGCGGCACCAGACAAUGCUUCAAGGUUACAACAGAGUUUGUCAGAGAGUGAAAGCUUGAAGCAAUCAUUGCAGAAGGAAGUAUCACACCUCAAUCACGUCCUACUGAAGAGCCAAUCACGAGUUUCUGAUCUAGAGUCACAGAUGAAAUCGAUUGGUAACACUGAGGUGCACAAGAUGGAGAACCUCACACUGAAGGAUAAGCUCAAGCGCUUUGAGGAUGUGGCCGAGAAGUACUCUGUUCUGCAAAUGAAGCACCUAGAGUUGGUGGAGGAGUGCAAGACCAUGUCCAGCAUCUAUGGUCAGGUGGAUAAGUUUAGCGGUGUGGAUCAACUACAACUGAGGAUUAGAGAGUUGGAGGGUGAAUCACAAGUACACAUUGCAAAGAUUGGCGAGUUGACAUCACUUCUAAAACUCACAGAGAACCGCUGUGUCGACAUGCAAGGACAGGUCGAUGACCUCAAACACGUGGCUUUGCGCAAUGAGAACAAGUCAAAGGAGGCAGAGGAGACAAUCAAUCGACUGAACAAACAAGUGAUUCUCUACAAGAGAGAAAAGGAUGGCAUCAAACGUAUAUUGGAUUCUUUCGAUGUGGAGAAUGCUAUUGCCCAGCAGGGCACCACCAGCAACGGGGGCACCACCAAGGAGUUCCAGACUGCACAACAGGCCAGAAUAUCCGAGUUGGAGAGAGCCUCAAUAGAGAAGGAUAAGAUGAUCACAACCUAUGAGAACAAUAUUCAAAAUGGAUCGUCAUCAUCUCUGGGUGAUGAAGGCAUUGACUAUAAGGCUGAGGUGACAAAGAUGAACUCAGAGAUUGAUCGAUUGCUACAAGAGAAUGCUCUUUUGGAAUCUAGACUUGGCAAGGGAGAGUUUGACCAAUCAAAGUUCAAGGUACUACACAUGACUUCCAAUCCAAGUCAACCAACGUCAGCAGAGGCGAUAAACAACCGAGAAACCGAUUCACCAGGAAAGGAGGAGGUAAGAAUCGUUCAAGAGAAUCAUGGUCUCAGGGUGAAACUUGGAGAGACAGAGAAGAUCAUGGAGAGACUCAAGACUGUGUUCAAAUCAAAGAUCAACGAGUUCCGUGAGGUGGUCUAUGCCCUAUUUGGCUUUAAGAUCGACAUGGAGACGAACAACUUGUACAAACUGCAAUCAAUGUACGCCGACAAUGAGAAUGACUUCUUGGUCUUCCAACGUGUGGUCGAGUCUGGUAAGCGAAUAGGCAAGAUGGAGCUAUUGGACACUGACUAUACAGCCUCACUUGACCGAGAGAUUCGUGCCUACCUCUUCAAGCUCCACUCGAUCCCAGCAUUCCUUGGACAGUUGACCAUUGAACAGUUCUCAAAACAGACCUUCCAUCCAUCAUAA